ACAAUGUCCCAAAAUGCUAAUGUGGUGACUCUCACUUCCUCUCUACUCCUUACCCUGCUCCAGUUUGCAUAUGCACUGCAGUGGGGCACCUAUUCUGGGGCAGAAAGCUCUGUGUUUUAAGAGUGGGACCUGCUUAAGAGGAUUUAUGUUGCCAUGUGUUCAUAUUGCUGCCUCUGCCCCCAGAAAAUGCCAGGAUGGUCCGUUGGAUAGCCAUGGCUCUGAUUAUAACCACAACCUUCUUUUCCUGUCUGGAUCCGGGGAGUUGUCAUUCCUGCCUAGAGGUUUUUCCAGACAUUGAAUACCAAUGCAUGGCCCGAAAUUUCUCUGAAGUUCCAGUGGAUAUACCUUCAUCCACCCAGAAGCUGGACCUGAGCUUCAACCCACUGAAGUCUUUGGCUUCACGAAGUUUUUCCAGAUUUACUGGACUGAGAAUACUUGACUUGUCCAGAUGUGAUAUUCAGAAGAUUGAGGAUGACACUUAUCAAGGCCUCUGUAAUCUCUCUACUUUGAUCCUGACGGGAAACCCAAUCCAGAGUUUGGGUCUCAGAGCCUUCCAUGGUCUUCCCAAGUUACAGAAGCUGGUUGUUGUAGAAACAAAUCUUGUGUCUCUGAAGGACUUCCCCAUUGGACAUCUCAUGACCCUGCAGGAGCUAUAUUUAGGACAUAAUUCCAUCAGUUCUCUCAAGUUACCCCAUUAUUUUGCCAGUUUCAGCUCCCUGCAGCAUCUGGAUCUUCACUUGAAUUUGAUAAAUAAUAUUUCUGAUGGAGAUUUAGAGCCUAUAAAGAUGAAUCUAAAUCUCACUCUAGACCUUUCUCAGAAUCCUAUUCAAUAUAUCCAUCCAGGCGUCUUAAAGGGGAUUCACUUAACUGGACUAAUUCUGAGAGGAAAUUUUCACAGUUCAGCAGUCAUGGAGGUUUGUAUUAAGGGAAUGACUGGCUUGCAAGUCAACAAACUGGUUCUUGGAAAUUACAAAAAUGAAUUCCAAAUGACUAACUUUGAGAGCAAGAUCCUAGAUGGGUUGUGUCAGGUGGACAUUGAUGAAUUUUGGAUGGUUGUUCCCUCUGAUUUUCCUUCAGAUAGUUAUGGAUUUUUCAGAUGUUUAGUCAAUGUUUCUGUUCUCCAUAUGGUUACGGUUCCCUUAGAAGUGCUGACUAACCUACCAGUAUUUCCUAAACUGUUCUCAUUGGUAUUCACUAACUGCAAAUUUGAAACACUGCCUACCUUACCAUCUACCUCUCUCCCCUCCCUUAAAGAACUUCGUAUUACUCGCCACAAAGAUCUCACAACUUUGUCUGAUUUGAAACUUCCCAGUCUGGAGCUUCUGGACCUCAGUCAAAAUGCUCUGAAUAUUUUGUCCUGCUGUUCCUACAAUAACUUUGAUACAGACAAACUGAAAUAUUUGAACUUAAGUUAUAAUGCUCAAAUCAUGUUGAGUAAGAACUUCAUGGGUUUUGAAAACCUAGAAUCUCUGGAUCUUCAACAUUGCCAAUUGAAAGGUCAUAACAAUUUCCCUGUCUUUUUAUCACUCACAAAACUUCAGUACCUGGAUAUUUCUUAUACAAACACUCAUGUCCAAUUUGAAAAUAUUUUUGCAGGUUUGAGCAAUUUAAGACAUUUGAAAAUGGCUGGUAACUUUUUCCAGGGCAACAUUUUACAAGACAUCUUCAAGAAUCUGAGUCAGCUUGUCACACUAAAUAUUUCCUACUGUCACCUAGAAAAAAUCCCCCAAAUAACAAUGAAGUCCCUCCAUCAACUCCAGGUGUUGGAUAUUAGCCAUAACAACCUCCAGACUUUUGAACCACUCAUUUUCAGGCCUCUUUGGAACCUCCAAGUCUUGAACUGCAGUUACAACAGUAUCACAGCCCUGGAUGGGCAGAAUUUACAGUCAUUGUCAGAAACUCUGGUUUCUACUGAUUUUUCUGGAAAUCCCUUUGAUUGUGUCUGUGACCAUCAAAUCUUCUUUCAGUGGGUCAAAGAGAAUAUACAACUCUUGAAUAGAUCUAAACCAAUGAUUUGCCAGACACCUUCUCAUAUGAAAGAUGUCUCUGUGCUAUUAUUUGAUGAUUUAUAUUGUCAGAUGAAAAAGACUAUCAUUGCUAUGUCAAUUUUGGCAAUAAUGUUGGUACUUAUGGCACUGGCCUUGGUCUAUAAGUUCUAUUUCCACCUGAUGCUGCUUGCUGGCUGCAAAAAAAUGGUUGGAGAGGAAAGCACUUAUGAUGCUUUUGUGAUCUAUUCUAGUCAAGAUGAGGAAUGGGUGAGGAAGGAAUUGGUGAAAAACCUAGAAGAGGGUGUUCCCUCAUUCCAACUCUGCCUCCACUACCGAGACUUUAUCCCUGGUGUGGCUAUUGCUGCCAACAUUAUUCAGGAAGGUUUCCAUAAGAGUCGGAAGGUCAUUGUUGUGAUCUCCAAGCACUUUAUCCAGAGCCGCUGGUGCAAGUUUGAGUAUGAAAUUGCUCAGACAUGGCAGUUCCUGAGCAGUCACGCAGGUAUCAUCUUCAUCAUGCUACAGAAAGUGGAAAAAUCACUACUGCGACAACAGGUGGAACUCUACCGGCUGCUUCGUCGAAACACCUACCUGGAAUGGGAGAACACUAACCUGGGUAGACAUGUGUUUUGGAGACGGCUGAGAAAAGCAUUGUUAGAUGGCAGAACAAAGAGGCAGAAAGAAGCAGCUGAAUAAGAGACCAAGUAGUCAGUUACGCUUAUAGCUGAAAGAAGAAAGAAGUUUAAGCCAUUCUCUUUUCCACAAAUUAUCUAUUUCUUUUAGUGUGACACUGGAAAGGACAAUGGACACUAUGUAGUCUGUUACUUUCAUUUUGCAACUAUUUGAAUUGUUUUAUUCUGAUUACUUGAAGUAUUUUCUCUUCGACAAGGGAGCUCUGGAAUUUGGAUAUAAUAUGCUUGGGAGUUUUUAUUUUGGGGAUUUCUUUCAGGAGGUAAAAGGCAGAUUUUUUGAAUUUUUAUUGUACACUUUGGAUUUAAGAUAUCAAAGCAGUUUUCCUUGAUAAUCUCUUAAAAUGUGAUUUCUAUGAUUUAUUAUUAGAUGAUAUUGGUUUUCAGAUAUUCAACUAAUUCUUAAAUUAUCUCUCCUCUUGUCUUCUGAGGCUGUGAUACAACAAAAUAGAGAUCAGUAGUCUGAUGCUUGUGUUUAUUUUGGCCUAACAAACAACACCAAGAGCCAGCACUGCAUCAUCUCUUACUAGCCAGAACUGCAUCACUGCAUCAUCCAUGUGUGGAACCAUAGA